GUUUCUUCUUCUUCUCCCUGUCGCCUCCAAACACAGAGAACCUUAGAGAAUGCGAUAUCUCCAAGUAGGGUCGCUUUCCUUUUUACAACGCUACCAAAGGAAGGUCCACGCCCCUUCCAAUUCUCUCUCGAGAAGGCAUCACUUACCUGCGUUCCUCCCACCUCCAGAACUUUGCCUGUGUUUGUGAGGUAGGUAGGUUGUGGACAUUAGGAGAGAAAAGUAUAUCAGGAGGUUAUGAAAUAGGAGUCUAGAAGUGGCGAUAAGGGACAUGGAGGCUGACGUGACGGGAAUAGGAGAGGCAGCAGGAUGAGCGAGCACCCUGGAGUCCUCCCUACACCCGCCGCCCAGUCCUUGGCAGCGGUCCCCUCCUCUGCGGGCACUGGAGAGUUAAGCCCAUCGACACGUAAGCGCCGCUCCCUCCCCAAUCCGUAAACUGCUUCUCCUGCACUUAGCUGCAUCGCCUGCUUGCUACAUUCGGCAUCCUUUUGGGCUGCGGCUGACAUCCAGCUGCUAGGUCAGGGCUCCCACUUGAUUGCCAUUACCAACAUUUAUCAUAUGGACUAUAGCCUUUGCUCCCCCUCCUUCUCUUCCCCUUCCUCCUCCCCCUCGUCCUCCUCCACUACGUGCUGCUGGCUCUGAGCUCGCAAUCCUAGCAGGGCAGAGCCCCGGAUCGCCUGGUGGAGGAGGGAGCACAAGCAGCUGCUCCGUAGCUGGCUGCUCGCUACUCGCCGGCGAUUCUCCUUGGAAAGCCCGCCCGAGAAAGCCGAGCCCCGACUGCCUCCCUCGCCCCACCCUAUACACCUUUGGCCCUUCGGGGGCUCUAGGGACCCCCGUCCCCGACCGCCACCAUGCUGGACCCCUCGUCCAGCGAAGAGGAAUCCGAUGAAAUCGUAGAGGAAGAGAGCAGCAAGGAGGUGCUGGCCUCCGGAGCCUCCGGAGCGCGCCUGUCACCCAGCCGGACAAGCGACGGCGCGGGCGGCGGCGGGGCCGGGCUCGGCGGCGGGGCGGGCGCCGGGGCCGGCGCGGGCGCAGGGGGCAGUGCUGCGACCGGCGCCGGGGCCGGGGGGCUGCAGCCCGGCAGCCGAGGUGGCGGCGCAGGCAGCGGCGCUGGCGGCGGCGGCGGCGGUCGGCCCUCCAGCCCCAGCCCGUCGGUGGUAAGCGAGAAGGAGAAGGAAGAGCUGGAGAAGCUGCAGAAGGAAGAGGAGGAGCGGAAGAGGAAGCUGCAGCUCUAUGUCUUCGUGAUGCGCUGCAUCGCCUACCCCUUCAACGCCAAGCAGCCCACCGACAUGGCCCGGCGACAGCAGAAGAUCAGCAAACAGCAGCUGCAAACAGUCAAAGACCGUUUCCAGGCCUUCCUCAAUGGAGAGACUCAGAUUGUGGCUGAUGAAGCCUUCAUGAAUGCUGUUCAGAGUUACUAUGAGGUGUUCCUUAAGAGUGACCGGGUGGCCCGGAUGGUACAGAGUGGUGGGUGCUCAGCCAACGACUCCAGGGAGGUCUUCAAAAAGCACAUAGAAAAGAGGGUGCGGAGCCUUCCAGAGAUUGAUGGCCUCAGCAAGGAGACAGUGUUAAGCUCCUGGAUGGCUAAAUUUGAUGCCAUUUACCGUGGAGAGGAAGACCCCCGAAAACAACAGGCCAGAAUGACUGCUAGUGCGGCCUCAGAGCUAAUCCUGAGCAAGGAGCAGCUCUAUGAGAUGUUUCAGAACAUCCUGGGGAUCAAGAAGUUUGAACACCAACUCCUGUACAAUGCCUGUCAGUUGGAUAAUCCUGAUGAGCAAGCCGCACAAAUCCGCCGGGAGCUGGAUGGACGCCUUCAAAUGGCUGACCAAAUAGCCAGGGAGCGCAAGUUUCCCAAAUUUGUGUCCAAAGAAAUGGAGAAUAUGUACAUUGAAGAAUUGAAAUCAUCAGUCAACUUGCUAAUGGCAAAUUUGGAGAGCAUGCCAGUGUCAAAAGGCGGUGAAUUCAAGCUUCAGAAACUGAAACGAAGCCAUAACACAUCCAUCAUUGACAUGGGAGAAGAGAACGAAAACCAGCUCUCCAAAUCUGAUGUUGUUCUGUCCUUCUCUCUGGAGGUUGUGAUCAUGGAAGUUCAAGGCCUAAAGUCUUUGGCCCCCAACCGCAUUGUGUAUUGUACCAUGGAGGUAGAAGGAGGAGAAAAACUCCAGACAGAUCAAGCUGAAGCUUCUAAGCCAACGUGGGGGACACAAGGUGACUUCUCCACAAGCCACGCCCUGCCAGCUGUAAAGGUGAAGCUGUUCACUGAAAGCACAGGUGUCCUGGCCUUGGAGGACAAAGAACUCGGUCGGGUUGUUCUCCGUCCUACCCCCAACAGCCCCAAACAGUCAGAAUGGCAUAAAAUGACAGUUUCCAAAAACUGCCCUGAUCAAGAUCUGAAAAUUAAACUUGCUGUCCGAAUGGAUAAACCUCAAAACAUGAAGCAUUCUGGGUAUUUGUGGGCCAUUGGUAAGAAUGUUUGGAAGAGAUGGAAGAAAAGGUUCUUUGUAUUGGUCCAGGUCAGCCAGUACACAUUUGCCAUGUGCAGUUACCGAGAGAAAAAGGCCGAGCCUCAGGAACUUCUGCAGCUGGAUGGCUACACCGUAGACUACACUGACCCCCAGCCAGGUUUGGAAGGAGGCCGAGCCUUCUUCAAUGCAGUUAAAGAAGGGGAUACAGUGAUUUUUGCCAGCGACGAUGAACAGGAUCGAAUCCUGUGGGUCCAAGCCAUGUACCGGGCCACUGGCCAGUCCCACAAGCCUGUGCCCCCAACUCAAGUUCAAAAGCUAAAUGCCAAGGGAGGAAACGUACCUCAGCUAGACGCACCAAUCUCUCAAUUUUCUGGACUCAAGGAUGCAGAUAGAGCUCAAAAACAUGGCAUGGAUGAAUUUAUCUCUUCCAAUCCCUGUAACUUUGACCACGCUUCCCUCUUUGAGAUGGUGCAGCGCCUAACUUUGGACCACAGACUAAAUGAUUCCUAUUCUUGCCUGGGCUGGUUCAGUCCAGGCCAGGUAUUUGUACUAGAUGAGUACUGUGCAAGAAAUGGAGUCAGAGGCUGUCACAGACAUCUCUGCUACCUCAGUGACCUCCUUGAAAGAGCUGAAAAUGGAGCCAUGAUUGAUCCCACACUGCUACAUUACAGCUUUGCCUUCUGUGCAUCCCACGUUCAUGGGAACAGGCCUGAUGGAAUAGGAACUGUGACAGUUGAAGAAAAAGAACGCUUUGAAGAAAUCAAAGAGAGACUCCGAGUUCUUCUGGAAAAUCAAAUCACACAUUUUAGGUAUUGCUUUCCAUUUGGCCGACCUGAAGGAGCAUUAAAAGCUACACUCUCUCUUUUGGAAAGGGUUUUGAUGAAAGACAUUGUUACCCCAGUGCCACAAGAGGAGGUAAAAAUGGUCAUCCGUAAAUGCUUAGAGCAAGCUGCAUUAGUCAACUAUACCCGUCUCUCAGAGUAUGCCAAAAUUGAAGGGAAAAAGAGAGAAAUGUAUGAGCAUCCUGUCUUCUGCUUGGCCUCUCAAGUGAUGGAUUUAACCAUUCAGAAUCAAAAGGACACAGAAAAUGUAGGCCGCUUAAUCACUCCUGCCAAAAAACUAGAAGACACAAUACGCCUGGCGGAAUUAGUCAUUGAAGUCCUCCAGCAAAAUGAAGAGCACCAUGCAGAGGGGAAAGAGCCCCAUGUUGAUAAAGGAGAAGCCUUUGCGUGGUGGUCAGACUUAAUGGUGGAGCAUGCUGAGACGUUCCUGGCAUUGUUUGCAGUGGACAUGGAUGCCGCCUUGGAGGUGCAGCCCCCAGACUCAUGGGACAGCUUCCCACUGUUUCAACUGCUCAAUGACUUCCUUCGUAGUGAUUAUAACUUGUGCAAUGGAAAAUUUCACAAACACCUGCAGGACCUGUUUGCCCCACUUGUGGUUAGAUAUGUCGAUUUGAUGGAGUCCUCAAUUGCACAGUCAAUUCACAGGGGCUUUGAACGGGAAUCGUGGGAGCCAGUAAAGAGUUUAACCAGUACCCUACCCAAUGUGAAUCUACCUAAUGUGAAUCUACCCAAAGUACCCAAUCUACCAGUUAACAUCCCUCUAGGCAUCCCACAAAUGCCUACUUUUUCGGCACCGUCAUGGAUGGCUGCUAUCUAUGAUGCUGAUAAUGGAUCAGGCACCUCUGAAGAUCUCUUCUGGAAACUUGAUGCUCUACAGACUUUCAUUAGGGAUUUGCACUGGCCUGAGGAAGAGUUUGGAAAACACCUAGAACAACGUCUGAAACUGAUGGCAAGUGAUAUGAUUGAGUCCUGUGUGAAAAGAACCAGGAUUGCAUUUGAAGUUAAGCUGCAAAAAACCAGCCGAUCGACAGAUUUCCGAGUCCCACAGUCAAUAUGCACCAUGUUUAAUGUUAUGGUUGAUGCCAAGGCCCAAUCAACAAAACUUUGCAGUAUGGAAAUGGGCCAAGAGCAUCAAUACCAUUCAAAAAUAGAUGAACUAAUUGAAGAAACUGUUAAAGAAAUGAUAACACUCUUAGUCGCAAAGUUUGUCACAAUCCUGGAAGGCGUGCUGGCCAAAUUAUCCAGAUAUGAUGAAGGAACUUUGUUCUCGUCUUUCCUUUCAUUUACUGUGAAGGCAGCUUCCAAGUAUGUGGACGUCCCUAAGCCUGGGAUGGACGUUGCCGAUGCCUACGUGACAUUUGUCCGCCACUCUCAGGAUGUCCUCCGUGAUAAGGUCAAUGAGGAGAUGUAUAUAGAAAGGUUAUUUGAUCAAUGGUACAACAGUUCCAUGAACGUGAUUUGCACCUGGUUGACAGACCGGAUGGAUUUGCAACUUCAUAUUUACCAGCUGAAAACACUUAUUAGGAUGGUAAAGAAAACCUAUAGGGACUUCCGAUUGCAAGGGGUGCUGGACUCCACCUUAAACAGUAAAACGUACGACACAAUCCGAAACCGACUUACUGUAGAAGAAGCCACAGCCUCAGUGAGCGAGGGCGGGGGCCUUCAGGGCAUCACGAUGAAGGACAGUGAUGAAGAAGAUGAAGAAGAUGAUUAAAACAUAUUCCCCGUCCUAGAGGCCCUCUAAGACAUAGCCUUGUAAUCAAUGCAUGCCCCUAGUCUCUUAUUCAGUUAUAGCCACAUUAGGGGAAUUUUCCGUCCACUCUAAAUGCCCAUGAGAAGUUUACCAAUAGCUGUGUGGUACCGAGAUUAGCACCUCCAUUUGAUUCAUUGGUUCCUUGGGUUAGUAACUGUAAAUUCAAAGCAAUAUGGAGCAACAUUGUUUAAAAACAGUUCAUGGAGAAUGCACAGACCAACUGCUCGGUAUGUCCCUGUCCUAAGCAGAAUUAAAUGAUGCUACCUUAGCAUCCUGUUUCCACAUUGAUGGCAAAUUGUGGUAAAGAUGAGUGCCUCAAGUACUAUUCAUUUCCUUGUUUCUUUUCAUGUGGAUCCUGACUGCAUAAACAAAUACACAAAUAAAAAUGCUUUGUUGUU